AAUCUAUAAUAUUUUCUUCACAGGUGCCGUUCAAGGUAUGGUCACUGGCAUGCGUGGACUAUGUAAUGGCUUAGGACCGGCUAUGUUUGGUGUUAUAUUUUAUUUAUUCAACGUUGAUUUGAAUAAUGAAAAAUCACUACAAGAGAAUGUCGACAAUGAUAACUGGUUUCAAUUUCCGGGACCGCCAUUUGUCUUCGGUGGUUUUAUGGUCAUACUUGCCAUACUCGUAGCACUGUUUAUACCAGAGGUACAUGGUGAUAUGAAUUUUAUACGUACUCCCAAUGAGAAAAAACGGGCUUCAGUAGAUGUACAAUAUGAAGUGGAAGGUGGUAUAAAACCAACAAGCCCUUUAAUGCGUUCAGAUUCAUUGGCGCAGCUGUAGUAUUGUUACCUAAUAAUAAGAAAAUUAUUGUGUUAAAUUGUAAGCUUAAACAAAAACAAAAAAA